AUGGACCUGUCCUCGCCACCUGUCCACGACCAUGAGCUCAACCGUCAGUCGUGGAAUGAGGCCACCAAGCAGCACCGCACGCACCAGCCGGAGCUAAUUAGCGACUAUGUUGACAAAGGUCGCAACAAGCUGUUUGCUGAGGAUCUGGAGUUGCUAGGGGAGCUGCAGGGAAAGCAAGUGUUGCACCUGCAGUGUAAUGAUGGGCAAGACACGGUGUCCAUGGCGCGGUGGUUGAGGCCGCGGCAGGUCCAUGGUGUUGAUAUCAGUGACUCUGCCAUUGACUUUGCAGAGGAGCUAAGAGACAAGAUGCUUGCAAAGGCAUGCUUUGAUCCUGGUACAGAUGUCUGCUUCACUCGCUGCGAUGUUUUGGAGUAUCUCAAUGACCCAGCCAAUCGAAGCAGUGUGGAUGUAGUUUACUCCAGCUACGGUACAGUCAACUGGCUGUGUGAUUUGACGGCUUGGGCCGAAGGUAUUGCAAGUGUCCUGCGACCCGGCGGGCGAUUCGUGAUAAUCGACUUCCAUGCCGUCGCCAUGGCGUUGGACUUGAAAACCAUGACGCUCAAAGACAACUGCCUGGGAGGGGCCCGGUAUCCAAGUACAGAUGGGGUGUCAGAUUAUGUGGGUCAAGAUCCUGCCUUUCAGAAUUCAAGCCCGGCGGUUGAGUACGCCUGGGGUGUAGGGGAUAUUGUGUCGAGCUUGCUAGCAACCAAGAAAUUGCAAGUGCAGUCGCUGACUGAAUACCCGUAUGUCAACGGAUGGGCAAUGUACGCGGACAUGUAUCAGCUGCCAGCUGGAAGCCCGCUGCUGCCCAUGAUGUACAGUAUUGUCGCAAGCAAGCAAGUCUAG